AUGUCUCAAAUAAUAUCCAUUAUAUUUCUUAUGCUAAUUGUAUGUAGCGUUCAAUCACUGGCUAAACGCUAUGAACCAAACUGGGAGUCACUGGACAGUCGACCCCUACCCGAGUGGUAUGACCAGGCUAAAAUUGGCAUAUUCCUUCACUGGGGCGUAUACUCUGUGCCCGCAUUCAAUAGCGCGUGGUUUCCGGAACAUUGGAAAAUUGACAAGAUUAAAGACUUCACCGAUUUUAUGGCCAAAAACUAUCGGCCAAACUUCACGUACGCCGACUUUGCCACUCAGUUUACGGCUGAGUUUUAUGACCCCAACCGUUGGGCAGAUAUAUUCAAGUGA